GGAGCCAGAAGGUCGACCACGUACUAAAGAUUUAUCGAAUCCCAUAUAUGCAUCAAAAUGUGGCCAAGAAGCAUUGCAGGAUAUGCUAAGUGGACUAAGAGAUCUGAUGUUGUUGUUCUAUGCGUGCAUGGAUCCUAAAACUCGUGGUAUGAGUACUCACCAAGCAUCUAUCGCUGAACCACAAUGUGCGGAAACUUUGCAGCAGAUGAAAAAUAACAAGGAGAUUCUUAGACAGGCCUUUCAUGUAGUAAAAGGAAGUUGUGACCGUUUACUUCCUGCUGACAUGUCUAACCUUAUCCCUUACGUAGAUACCCCAAUAACAAACAAGGAGCCAAGUGCUGAAUUAGAACAAUUAAUUAUGGCUCGCGAAAAAGCAAUCAAAAGGUUAUUGACAGUAACAGAAGAACUAGAAAAACUACGCCACAUUUUAACGAAGACAGUAUGGGAACUCAACGACCUCACUGACUUAAAUGUUCAGAAAUUUUGAUUAUUAUCCCCCUAUUUUUUUGUAAUAUUUGCAUUUUAUUUAUCUGAGAAUACAAAUGCACACUACUCACUCGUUUCAUGCACAUCUUUCGUCUAAUAUGAUAAAAUGCUUGAUUCAGUUUUAUAUGUCAUAAAUCUAAAUGUAAGAAAUUUCUAAGCCUUACUAGCACACGUUUCUUCAAAAAUGUACGAAGUACAGAUAUCUUCAAUAAUCUUGAUGUUACGCUCAUCUAAUUCAUUGAACUAGCUGCAAAAUC